AUGGCGCGCAAAGCUCUGCUCUUUGACCCUGACUGGAGAACGACGCCCUGCCGAGAGGCGCAUGGGGAGGCGCUCGCCGCCGGUUCCUUCGCGCGGCGUGGCCUGCUCCGCCUCCUCCCCGGCACCAAGCGGCGCGCCGAGGCCCUCAACGGCGCCCUCUCCGCUGGGCUGCACAAGCGGGAGCUGCGGCCGCGGAAGUCCGAGGGCGACGGCGCCUGUGGCUGCGGCGACCCCUCCCGGUCCAUGCGCCCGCGCCGCGUGUCGUCGGAGGACCCGGGGGCGCUAGUCAUCGAGCCGACGGGCCCGCACACGCACACCGUCGUCCUGCUGCACGGCAUGUACACGGCGCCCGAGGACUCUGACACCAUGAUGGAGCUGCCGCAGAGCGUCGCUCGAGUCGGCCUGCCGGGCUGCAAAUAUGCGAACGUCGCCUCCUGGUACAACUAUUACACCCGCCGCGACGGCGAGCACCAGCACGACGCGCACCUGGCGUCGCAGACCCGCCGCAUCCACUCCAUCCUCGACCGCGAGAUCGAGUUGCUCGGCGGCGACGCGCAGCGCGUCAUGCUCGGCGGAUGCAGCCAGGGCGGCACGGGGUUCCACGUCGAGUGGCACGUCGAGCGCGACCUGACGGUGGUGGCCUCGUGGGUGGCGCGCGCGGCGCGGCAGCGCGAGAUGCGCGAGCGGGAGCGCUCCGCCUCCCCGGAGCUCAUCCUCGAGCAAGAGUACCUCGACUACUGGUGA